GGGCGGGCGCAGCAUAGUUCCCGGAAGCGGGUAGUGCGGGCGGCGCCGUUCCGAUUUCGCCAUACUUGCGCGGGGCAGAGCGAGGGAAGCACAUCUCUGAGAAGCUCCUGGAAAAACCUGCUAAAAACGGGAUUUCUUGUCCCGUUCGUCUGAUUGGCUCAGAGCUGGCGUCUGGCGACUAGUGCUUCGACGAGACUCUAGCCGUGAGUGGUCAUCAAAGCCCUGCAUGAGACAUGGCUGAAGACGACGUGACUCCAGAGCAGCUGGCAGCCAUUGCUGCGGAGAACGAACAGAGCGAGUCCGUCAACUACAAACCCCCGGCCCAGAAGACCCUGCAGGAGAUCCACGAGCUGGACCAGGACGACGAGAGCCUUCGGAAGUACAAGGAGGUUCUGCUAGGAGCUGGCGCUGCUGCUGUUGUCGCAGAUCCCAACGUUCCCAACGUCCAGGUGACACGGUUGACCCUGAUGUGUGAGACCGCCCCAAACCCGCUGACCCUAGACCUGCAAGGAGAUCUGGAGGCCUUUAAGAAGCAGUCCUUUGUCCUGAAGGAGGGAGUGGAGUACAGGAUAAAGAUCAGCUUUAAGGUGAACAAGGAGAUCGUCUCAGGGCUGAAGUAUGUGCAACAGACACACAGGAAAGGAGUGAAAAUUGACAAGUCAGACUACAUGGUGGGGAGCUACGGGCCGAGGCCGUCCGAGUACGACUUCCUGACCCCUCUGGAGGAGGCCCCCAAAGGCAUGCUGGCCCGUGGCACCUACAACAUCAAGUCCAAGUUCACCGACGACGAUAAACACGACCACCUGUCCUGGGAGUGGAACCUCAACAUCAAGAAGGACUGGAAAGACUAAGAGGCCUUCAGAAUCAAGCUGCACCCCAGUUCUCAUUCGGUCACGUCUUUCUUCACGCCAUCCUCAUGUAUUCAUCCCCCCCCUUCGGUCAUCUCUCCCUCUUUCCAUUGACCAAUCUGCAUUAGUAGCAGCAGAAGCGUCGGCCCCCCCCUGUCCGUCCAGCCCCCCCACCACCCCCAUUGACACACUGUCCUCGACAUGCCAUCCAUGCAACCGCAAGUCGCCCAUAGCUGUACCCCGCCCCUCAUGGUUUAUCCUGCUUGAAGAGAUUAACCCCCCCCCCCCUUUGUUCCCAAAAUGGUCUUCCUAUCAGUUAGAAGUACAUGUUGGAAAAAGCAAGUGUACAAUCGAUUGUUUUUGCCUUUGGUUUUUUAUAUGUGUAUAAUUGUAUGAAUAACUGGCUUUGUUCAUGUCACUGUUGAUAUUAAUCGGCUUUCAUGCUCAUUCCCCGUCUUCUUUGCUACCCCCGUUAGCAUUCCUUUGUCCGCCUUCUUCCUAGUUGUUUUUCAGUGUUAUACCAAGACCUGCCUUGUUAAGGGUACAGUGAGUUAAUAACAAGCUGCUCUCUUCCAAAUCCUCCCAUCCCCCUGACAUGUAUUAACCCUCUCCUCUUGCCGGGGGGGGGGGGGGGGGCCGGGGCUGAGAUGAACGCGGGAGUUAUAUAAUUUGGAAAGGAUGGGUGGACGCCCCAGCUCUGCCUUAUAUAUAGACCAGAAAUAGUCAUUUUCAACUCACCAAUAUUCUGUUUACUUUCCUUAUGCAGCUGUCAUGGUAACCCACUAACCGAUGUUGCAUGCUGUAUCUUGUGUAUUUCAUGCGGUGCUUGCUAUUGGGUAGACUCACUCAAGGGCUUAUUUCACUAUAGACACACGUAGCUCUUUGGUAGUUAAGGUUUUCCUUGUUGAGUUUACACAACUUUUGCUCCCUGCCUGUUUGGUCAAAACGGUCCACCGCUAAAUAAAAUUGGUAAUUAGAAUAGAAUGCGCCACCUCGAAUUGAGUAAUGGUUCUUCUCCACUUCAUCUUUACUGAUAACCCUUGGCACUUCCUAUCCUCAGCCAUGAGGCCUUAUUGACGACAUUGGUCGCAAAAAAAGACUAAAACGUUUAUUUCUUUAUUUUUGCCUUAGUACAUCAAUCCUGCAGUCAGUUUUCCCCCCUGCUCACUCAGAUUGUGUCGGCAUGUGUGUUACCUUUAGAGCCCACUGUCCCGAGGCAAGGUGAGCAGCACCAGAGAAGCACACGAGUAAAGCGUAACUCACCGUCUGCUGCUGGAGACAUUGACGGUGGAGCAGGAGCCUUUGACCAGUGACAAAUUGACAGUAGGGGAUGAUGUGAUAUAAGUUUGCACAGAGUUGUGGGCGCUAGCGGGAUGUGAAAGGGAAGGGGUUAGGAAUUUGGAUCGGAAAGUGGAAUUGGCAUUGUUACGUGCUGUACCCAGAGCAUAUGGAUGUAAACGUGUCGGCUAUUGUGAAUGAUCUUCACGCUGCUCCAUACAUUCCUUCACAUUGUACAGUUUCUAUGAAAAUGCUGGCAUGCUGGUGGGGUUGUAUAAAUAUUUGAUCAUCAUUUGUGAUUGCUCCUCUUGGUCAAUAAAGAGUUUGCUCAACUUGGCCUGUUAUGUGUACGGAGCGUGUGUGAGUUUCAGAUACGACCUUGGUUUUACAGUUUGUGUAUGAGUAUUCCAGUUGGAGGUCGCGUAUCGUUUUGUUUCACAAUGUACUCGGUCUAGUCACGUUACAUGAUCUGCAUGAACUCGGGACUCUAUUCUGGUUUAUAUUGGGUUACAUUGCGCUACCAAUGAAAUGCAAAAACAUAUGUAAUGUUACGAAUUUCCUUAAACAUAUCUCAAAUUCCAAGGUUAAAGGUUAGGUAUAAAAAAAGUUAAUCUCAAUGGAUUAUACAAAAAAAACGAUGACUUCGAAGUUACACUUCUGAUGUUAAACCUAGCCUAGUUAACAUUACCCACCUUGUUGCCUUAGCCACAACAUACUGGAAUUUAUAAUAAACAUGUAACAUUA